CGGAGUACAAGAAUUAUCACAAUAGGUUUCGCAGUUCCCCGUCUGGACUCUGGAGAACCUGUUAGCGGAGGGACUGUCGUGUAGUGUGGACGUAGAUUAUCGGUACCCAGUCGACAGCCGACGGCAGCACGACACACCGUCCCUUCUCUUCUCGCUCUACUCAACAGCCUGCGCUGCACAACCCAUACCGCUCUGCCUCGAUAGCAUUCAUCAAAGUUUCGAACCGAGAAAACAGACGACACGACACAACACACGCAUUCGCACCUACACGGAAGUCCACAGAUGACAGAACGGAAGCCGGCCUGCUCGCCGCCGUCCAAGCUUCCCCGCCUCUCCGGCGCCCGCGUGGACGACGGGGAGGUGACCAUGGCGGCGCCCUCGCCGCUGGUUCUGGGACUGGGUCUCGGCGUGGGCGGCUACCGCAGCGACAGCGACAAGGAGGCGUCCGCGUCGUCGAGCCGGGACACGCGGCCGACGCCGAAGCCGACGCCGUCGCUCACCUUCAUGCAGCGGCAGGAGCUGGAGUGCCAGGUGCUCAUCUACCGCUACUUCGCCGCCAGCGCCCCCGUGCCGGUGCACCUCGUGCUCCCCAUCUGGAAGAGCCUCGCCUCCUCCUCUUCCUCCUCCUCCGGCCUCCAGAGGUUCCCAUCCCUGACGGGUCUGGGGAGGCUGUGCUUCGACCAGAGGAGCAGCGUGGAGCCGCAGCCCGGGCGGUGCCGGCGCACGGACGGCAAGAAGUGGAGGUGCUCGCGCGGCGUGGUGCCGGGGCUCAAGUACUGCGAGCGGCACGUGCACCGCGGCCGCGGCCGUUCAAGAAAGCCUGUGGAAGCGGCGGCCACCAAUGCCAUCCCGAUACGGGCAGUCCACGCCGAUGCCGGCGCGCAGGCCGCCGAUGCGCGCUCGCUCGCUCUGCCGCUGCCGCCGCCGCAGCAGCAGCGCUUCUCCUCCACAGGCGCCGGCGUCCUCGUCGUCCACGGCGCCGCCCGCGCCCCUCGAUGAUGAUCGCAUUCCAUGCAGUUCUUGAUGGUGGAUCUUUUGCUUGUUCGUUUUCUGGAACGGGAAAUCUCCAAGGCUUACGUGGGUGCCCUGUAAUCCGUUUUGUUCUUAACCUUGACCACGCCUCGGUGUUCUCUCGGGUCGUCAAAAAGUCUGAUGGCGUGCGUCCGCGCCUGCCACUCUGUGCCUGUGUGCAGUGUUACA